AUGGCGAAUGAUAUGCUCAUUAAGGCUCCGUUCUUGCUAAGUAUUCUGUUAAUUUUGAGCACGAGCGAGCAAAUACUGUGCUGUGAAAAUAAUACAUUAUUGGAGACCACAGGUGAUGCUAUUUUAACUGUCUUUGUGGACGCGAAUUAUGGACAGCAUUGCAAUGUAUCGUCAAGCAAAGGUCUUCAACAAAUUUUAACGAUAUUGCAUGUCGUGCAAACUUUAAACAAAUAUAAUCACAUACCGAAUGUGAAAUUAGGGGUAAGAAUCUUCGACACGUGUCAUGAUAGGAUUACAGUGUUUAGACAAGUUUUGCGAAUAGCGGUUGAACAAAGUUGCGCGCCAGAUUAUGAGAUGGGUAUAUUGAUGCCAUCCCAAUAUGAGCCCAUGAUGGAGUAUCUUCACAGUUACAACGGUUUGCCAAUCGGCAUCUACAAGGAACGAGAUUUUACAGUGCCCACGAUCGAUAUCCUGGCGCAUUAUCUGAGUACCAAGUACAAGAUCGUCGAUCUGGUGCACGCCAGCACGGAUUCUGUUCUCGAUCAUUUCCUAGAAGUUACGAAGGACGCUGGUGUGUGCGUGAAACGAAGUGACAGGCAUGUCAACGGUGACGGGUAUGCGAACGUCACGGAAACGGUGAUAGUCGCAAUCGGUAAGAGAAAUGAUGUGCAACGAUGGCUGGAAGAGAAAUUUGAAAAAUCGAGAAAUUUCGGAGAAACAUGGAUCCUGCUGCCGCUUGAUAAUUCAGAUAUUAACGACCUCAUACCACCCGAAUCAUAUGUCAUUAAACCGGAAAUUCCUCGUUUCGAUCUUGGCGAGUUCUCAAGCGCGGGCGAAUUCCUGGAGAACUCCAACAACUCAGCGAACCACUCUCCGUAUCUUCUCGACAUUGGGAAGGCCAUCAUCAAGUUGGCGGAAGUCUUCCAGGAUUUCCGCAAGAGAAGCUGCUCUAUCGACGAGGAGAGUAGCAUCAUGACGCAAUCCCCAGAAUCGCAGACAUUAGAAUCGCAACGGGAAAUUCGCGAUUUUGAUGUCUACGAGCAUCUCCACAUGCAACCGGGAUCACACUUGCUGAGAUACGUGGUUACCACGAAAAUGCAGCACGAGUUCAUCGACGUCGCUCUUUACGAGAUCGAAAUGCCCAAGUUACGCGUUCUCCCGAAGAAAACGAUAUUCGAAAUGCCAGGGCUCUGUCUGGAGUACCUCAUUAAGAAUUGCGAAAACUGCACGAAUUUUCAAAGUCGCGAUACAAAAGUAGAUGUCAUUGGCAAAAAUCUUCUAAAAAACAGCUUCUAUGUUCCUGUUUUCUUGAUUGUCAUCGUAUGUGGUAUUCUUAUGUGCUGCGUCACGAUGAUUUUUAUUGUCUAUCAUAUCACGACCAAGGAAAUUCUUCAUGGCAAUUCGGUCUUCACAAUCGUCCUCGUCCUGGCCAACCUAUUUACUCUACUGACGGCACUGCCCUUCUGCGUGACGGACGAUUAUUUCGGCGCGGAGAUCCUGAACGCUUGGAAGAUCCUUCUCACCACUCUCGCAUUCGGCCUCACAUUCUCAAUCAUGCUCUCGAGAGCACUCUUUUUAGCCUUGUCCACAGGCGAUGUUUUCAUCAUUCACAUUAAUGGAUAUUUACAGAGUCUUAUGGCGCUCUUCGCAUACGGCGUGCAAAUCGCCAUGUCGGUUAUGUAUUUUGUUCUGAGCACAAUGAACUCAGCUGUCGUCAUCAGGAGUCUCAUUUUUAUUGCGUUACUAGGAUACGAUAUAUUUUUAUUAAUUGCAUUGUUCGUCACUUGCUACUUCAUUAUCCGAAUACAUAAUUACUACGAAGAAAAAUACUUCUUCGACACUUCUAUUGGUCUUCUAAUAAUAUGGGUAAUAUGGUUGACUUGCUUCAUGUUGAUGCAACCAAAAAAUCGUGACGCAGUCAUUUUCUUCGGUACGGUUGCUACGGCUUAUUUAAUUAUUUUCGGUGUCUUAAUACCAAGGAUAUAUUAUAUUACGCACACACCCAAAAGGAAAGAUUCAAGACAAAGAUUCAAUCCUGUCAACCUACUAACCAAUUCGACUGUUAAUACAAUUAUCAGGCAGUCAUGUUCUUCCCACGAUUAUGUUUAUCCUGCUCGAGAAAGUCAGAUUUUCCGAAUGCCAUCAGCACAUCCAAAUUACUGUAGUAAUUUAAGUUCAAACUCAAAAUACUUCGACAGAUGCAGAAGUCCAAAUCAUUACGAAAUCCCUACAUAUAAUAAUUACGAAUGUUACGCGGAAAUGAAGGAAAUCGACACUGCUUAUGUUACCCCGCGAAUGUAUGUCGACAACACGGAGUUUUUAACGACAAAUAAUGUCAUUUACGCGCAGCCAAAAAUCUAUACAUCUCAGAGGAUAAAUUUGGAAGAGAGAAGCAAUACAGAAACCACUUGUAAUAGAAAUAAUUCUUCACCUAUCUCUAGACAACACAUCGAAAUGUAUUCCAUAAGAUACACUAGCCCAACGAAUAUGGUAAGGGAACAAAGAAUCGAUGAAGAAGAAGAGAAUAAAGAAGAAUACGAAAAAGAUCAGGAGGACGAAGGUGCCAGCAGAAUUACCCGCUUUUGAUUACUUUAAAAUCUAGUAUUUAAUUUUUAAUGCUUUCAUCUUUAUAGAUUUUUCAUAAAAUAUAAAUAAAAAACCCCGCACAAAUCUUAUGGGAAACGAAUUUUGAUCAAAUUGUUUCAAAUUUUAAUAUUUUGUAGUUCAUGUCAAGCUGAUUAAAAGUCCUUAUGAGCAAAAACCUCCAAAUGCCUUAGUUUUUGCCAAUAUCUUUGGAAGAUUAUCAUGUAUUAUACGGAAAAAUAAUUCAAAAUUUGUUUAUUAACAUUAAUUAUAAAUACUGUAUAAAUAAUUAUAAUACAUCAUGGAUAUACAGGGAGAAGCAUUUAAAACAGGUCACCUGAAUAAUUCGCAUGUUUUCAACAGUAGAAGAAAAAAUGUCAAACAGAAGUUGCUUGGUUUUGAGGGGCAUAUAAUAUGACGUCAAUAAUUGUUUUGUAAGUGGAGGUGCAAAGGAUAGACAAAGGUCAAAUCUGUUUUUUUAAAUAGAAUAUGUUUUUUUCGCUUACACUCUGAUAGAGCAUUUUAAGACAAAUACAAUGAUCUAUAAGAAGAUUGAAGAUCAUUCAAGAUCUGUGCGGGAUUAUUUAUCAUAAAAUAUAAUUAAUAGAUAAA